AUGGCUGAAACUAUCCCCGUGACUGCGCGGGCAGGCAACAUGCUGAAACAGGAGAUCUUCACAGAAUCUCCCACGUCGACAGAAUCUGGCUCGGCGCCUUCCACGCCAUCUUCUUCGGCUGCUCUUGAGCAGACAAAGUUUGAGAGAGUACAGGUCGAGUCAGCGCAUUUUACGCCGAAACAGGCUCCGCCGUCGCUAGAAAGUCUUCCAGUGGAAAUCAAAAUUCUCAUCUUGAAAGAGAUUCCCGAUUGGGCCACUCUUAAAUCUUUUCUGGUCUUGUUCCAAUCAUUCUUUCCAGCCUAUAAUCUGGCGAAACGGGAAGUUCUCUGUUGUAUCCUCCAGACCCAGUUUGGACCGCUCCUGGGAGAAGCCAUUGCGGCCGUCCGGUCGUGCGGUCUAUAUCUGGAGACUCACAAAGAAGAAGCCAUUACCUUGCUGGACACUUGGCGCCGCAGCGACGAAAUUAAAAAGCUUGACCCGAACUCAUCCAGCCGGAUCGACAACCCCUGUGACAUGGAAGAAAUCAUGAAUCUUUUCCGUCUUCACGAGGUUCUACAAUUCUUUUUACAAGAUUUCGUAAAGACCAUACCACAGCCCCAAUGGAUGGAGCUUGACGAAUGGACAAACUCGAAGUUUCCAAUCAAGUUGUCCUCGUCUGAACAGUAUCGCUUUCUCAGAGCACUUUGUCGACUGCAAACCCAUGCCAAUAUCAUUGGGCGAGCAGAGUAUCCUCUCGAUGAACCUGUCUGUGGGUCUCCAUUCAGGAACAACUGGAGAGACAAUGAGACAGACGGACCUUUCUCUCCCGAGGAAGAAGCGUAUCGUUUGUUCUUUGGUACAAUUCCUCCAUGGGAAUGUGAUGAAAUGGGCUGUGUCUGGACCUAUCUCAAGACGAAGGUCGAUCCUUUGUACCCGGAAGUUCGCGACAGUUCAUCCAAGCUGAUGAAGGAUCAUGGUCUCGGUGACGACGCCUGGUUUGAAGAGCUUCCUCUGGAUGCACAGCCCCCAUACUGGGGGCUUCUGAAAUCCCUCACUUCGCUCGAGAACCUUGAUGCGAGCACAGGCUCACUUGUCGCAAUUGGGCCAAACUUUGUUUAUCGCCUUCUACACGCGACUCCUCUGAUCCGUCGGGAUAUGGUGUUAAGCAACGCCGAUUACAUGGAAAAUACCUUCAUUGGGGAUAACAGUCGCGUGAAUAUUGAGCCAGAAGACAAGUUACCUCUCAUCUAUCCUGCAGAUCGGUAUGCGGUUAGUGGAUUCGAGGAAAUGUGGUCAUAUUCAGAUCUGUCACCUACCCAGAAGCCAAAUAUCGCCUGGAGAAUGGUCAGCUUAUUGCCACACUCGCCUGAAGAUAAUUUGGAGAGCGUAAUCAUUCAAGAUGAUGAAGUGGGUUGGGACUGGUACCAUGCUCUGUGGGACGAUGACAGGUUGAAUGAAUGGGGUUGUCUUCGAUUGUGGACGAAGCGCGAGCCCUGGUCUCUCCUUUGA